UCCAAAAUGGCUACACAACCAAGUUCUCCACCUCCAGCAACUCCGAGAAAGAAGGAAGACUCCUUUCUGGAUAAAAUUGGUACAUUGGGAAGGAAGAAGAAAGCAAAAGAAGUAAGUGAACUCCAAGAAGAAGGUAAAAAUGCCAUUGAAGCACCUACCAGUCCUACAUUUGCUGACAUUGGGCCAGAAGGAUACAGUAUGGAUGACAAUGAGGAAAGAUCCAUGAUUGAACCCCAGUCAAGAGAGGAUCCAAAAGUUAAAGAGUUGAUUAAGAUGCUUCUUGACUGGAUCAAUGAUGUGUUAGCAGAUGAUAGAAUUAUUGUCAAGGAUAUUGAAGAAGAUCUCUUUGAUGGACAGAUUCUGCAGAAAUUAAUUGAGAAGCUAGCUCAUAUCAGGGUAAAAGUCCCAGAGGUGACCCAGUCUGAGCAGGCCCAGAAACAGAAGCUGUGGAUUGUACUGGAUGUAAUCAAUGAGACUUUACAGCUACCUCCUACCUGGAGUCAGUCCAAGUGGAGCAUAGAUAGUAUCCACUCUAAGAAUCUUGUAGCAAUUUUACACCUGUUGGUGAGCCUGGCUCGUCACUUUAGGGCACCUAUUAGACUACCAGAAAAUGUCUGUAUCACACUGAUGGUUGUACAGAAACGAGAUGGUAGACUGUUCCCAAGACAGGUGACAGAAGAGAUUACAACUGUCAAUGAGGAUAUUGGUGCCCGAUUUGAACGAGAUGCCUUUGAUACACUAUUUGACCAUGCACCUGAUAAACUUAACUUAGUUAAAAAGACUCUAGUGACUUUUGUCAACAAACAGAUGUUGAAGAUAAAUCUUGAAGUAACUGACCUUGACCAACAGUUCCAUGAUGGUGUAUACCUGAUCCUGCUGAUGGGGCUCCUGGAGGGAUACUUUGUUCCAUUAUAUGACUUCCAUCUCACUCCUAAAAGCUUUGAAGAUAAGGUAAGCUGA